CGUAAUGUCUUGUCUUGCCCCAGAAAGGGGCUCGGCGGCGGCAUAGCUGCUGCGGGUACCUGCCGAAUCCUUCCGGGAGCCACUGGAGCGUUACUGAUGACAGAUCCAGUCCCGCGCUCAGCCCCAGGAUUCUCUUCGGUCGUUAAGCCCCGCCCCCAUGGUUCUUCCAAUCCGGACCCAGCCUCCAGGCUCCGCCUCCAUGUUCCCUAUUACCAAUUCCGGUCCGUUCCCGGAAGUUGCUCAGUGGAGCCAAAUUUGAAGCCAGUGGGGGACGCGGGGGCGCGGCCGCGAAGCCGGAGUGGUGGAGAUUUCCUUGGCUGCCUGAUCCCUUUUAGACCGUCAUCAUGCCUAUCCGUGCUCUGUGCACCAUCUGCUCCGACUUCUUCGACCACUCCCGAGAUGUGGCCGCCAUCCACUGCGGCCACACCUUCCACCUGCAGUGCCUAAUUCAGUGGUUUGAGACAGCACCAAGUCGGACCUGCCCACAGUGCCGAAUCCAGGUUGGCAGAAGAACCAUUAUCAAUAAGCUCUUCUUUGACCUUGCCCAAGAGGAGGAGAGUGUCUUAGAUGCAGAAUUCUUAAAGAAUGAACUGGAUAAUACCAGAGCCCAGCUUUCCCAGAAAGAGAAGGAGAAAAGGGACAGCCAGGCCAUCAUUGACACCCUGCGGGACACACUGGAAGAGCGCAACGCCACCGUGGAAUCUCUGCAGAAGGCCUUAGACAAUGCCGAAAUGCUAUGCUCCACGCUCAAGAAGCAGAUGAAGUACUUGGAGCAGCAGCAGGACGAGAGCAAACAAGCCCAGGAGGAGGCGCGCCGACUCAGGAGCAAGAUGAAAACCAUGGAACGGAUUGAGCUCCUACUCCAGAGCCAGCGGCCCGAGGUGGAGGAGAUGAUCCGAGACAUGGGUGUGGGACAGUCAGCGGUGGAGCAGCUGGCUGUGUACUGCGUGUCCCUCAAGAAGUGUGUACUCUGGCCCCUCUGGCCCUGUCCAGGAGCUAAGCCACAGCACCCUCUCUGCUGCCCAUCUCUUCUAAAGCAGAUCAGGCAAGAGUAUGAGAAUCUAAAAGAGGCACGGAAGGCCUCAGGGGAGCUGGCGGACAGACUGAAGAAGGACUUGUUUUCUUCCAAAAGCAAGUUGCAGACAGUCUACACUGAACUAGACCAGACCAAGUUGGAGCUGAAGUCGGCUCAGAAGGAUUUACAGAGUGCUGACAAGGAAAUCGUGAGCCUGAAAAAAAAGCUAACGAUGCUGCAGGAAACCCUGAACCUGCCACCAGUGGACAGUGAGACGGUCAACCGCCUGGUUUUAGAGAGCCCAGCCCCCGUGGAGAUGCUGAGCCUGAAGCUUCGCCGACCAGCCUUCGGUGAGGACAUUGACCUCAAUGCCACCUUUGAUGUCGACACCCCUCCGUCCCAGCCCUCCAGCAUCCAUCACAGCCGUGCCAAGAAGUUCUCCCAAGAGAUAGCACACUCUCCCGUUCAGGACAUCCCCAAGAAGAUGCCCAAAGGCCCCAAGCAGGAGUCCCAGCUCUCACUGGGCGGCCAGCGCUGUGUAGGAGAGCCAGAUGAGGAGCUGGCUAGUGCCUUUCCUGUCUUCAUCCGGAAUGCUGUCCUAGGCCAGAAACAGCCCAAGAGGGCCAAGGCAGAACCCUGUCGCAGCACAGAUGCAGUAAGGACAGGCUUCGAUGGACUUGGAGGUCGGACAAAAUUCAUCCAACCUACUGACACGACUAUGAUCCGCCCACUGCCUGUGAAACCCAAGCCCAAGACUAAGCAGAGAGCGGGGAUGAGGAGAGCGCUCCCUGCCUCCCAGGCCAAGCUGGACACCUUCCUGUGGUAGUGAGCACAGUGAGCCGGAUCAAUGGCCAGAUAUAUGCCUCCAACUUAGAGGCCAGGACUGGCUCCGCAGGGGGCGGCGGGGGGGCAUGGCCCCUCUUCCAGGAGCAGCCAAAAGGGCAAGGGGGUGAGGGUGAGGCCCAGAAACUAUGCUUUUCCUGCACUUACCAUGCCCACCCACACCCACACUGGGUCUACCGUAGUGGGCCUACGUGUGGCUGUUUAAGUGAGACCAGCAGGACUUCCUCCUUGUCAGAGGCUCCUGUUUAGAGCCAGAUGUCGCUGGGCUGCUUCUGGUUCUCCAGACUAAGGUCUUUUGUUGACUGUGUGGACCAAAGUGCCUGGAGCUUCUCGGGCAGUUUCAGCCUGCCCAAGCUUCUGCCUGCUUCUGACUUGCCACUGGGCACGGCCAGAGCUGAGCUGGGCAGGCCAGAGCUGGGCAUGGCCAGAGCCGAGCUUGGGGAAUGAGAGGAUGGUGGUGG